AAAUCACGGCGUAGACAGGCUAAUAGUUGGACAACAUUUUUUUUCUCAAGCAAAUAUUAUUGGGUUUACUCCAUUUAAUCAUCCUCCAGCGCGAGACUUCGGGGGACAGCCGUAAACUGGGCUAGGAAAGGACUGAGGCCGACAACGAGCAAGAGCGGAGGUUAACAUGUCGGUGAUGAUCGUUACAAGCUUGGGCGACAUCGUCGUGGAUCUGUAUACUGAUCGCUGCCCCUUGACAUCCAAGAACUUUCUCAAACUCUGCAAGAUGAAAUACUAUAAUGGUUGUCUGUUCCACACAGUUGAGAAGGGCUUCAUGGCCCAAACUGGAGACCGUACUGGAACGGGCAAGGGAGGUGACUCUGUGUACAAAUUUCUUUAUGGUGAACAAGCUCGCUUUUUCGAUGAUGAAAUUCAUCCCGAUUUAAAGCAUUCAAAAAUGGGCACUGUGGCAAUGGCUAGCGCAGGUGAAAAUUGCAAUGCCUCCCAGUUUUACAUUACAUUGCGAGAUGAUAUAGACUACCUUGAUGGAAAACACACUGUUUUUGGUAUUGUUGAAGAGAAAGAAAGCAUAGAUUGCUUAGCAAAAAUGAAUGAAACCUAUGUUGAUUCUAAUGGCAGACCUUUCAAGGACAUCAGAAUCAAGCAUACAUACAUUUUGGAUGAUCCUUUUGAUGAUCCAUCUCAGCUUGCUGAAUUUGUUCCUGAGAAAUCUCCAGAGGGAAAACCACCUGAAGAGGUAGCAGAGGAGCGUCUGGAAGAUGGCUGGGUUCCCAUGGAUGAAAAAUUAACUGCUGCAGAACUUGAGGAAGUUAUUCGAACUAAAGAGGCGCACACAAAUGCAGCUAUUCUAGAGAGUAUAGGAGACAUUCCUGAUGCUGAGAUGAAGCCACCAAACAAUGUGUUGUUUGUCUGUAAACUUAAUCCUGUGACUCAAGAUGAGGAUCUAUAUACAAUAUUUUCGCGUUUUGGGACUGUGACCUCAGCUGAUAUUAUUCGUGAUUACAAAACUGGGGAUAGCUUAUGCUAUGCUUUUAUUGAAUUUGAGACCAAGGAGGCCUGUGAACGUGCAUAUUUCAAGAUGGACAAUACACUAAUAGAUGACAGAAGGAUACGUGUUGAUUUCAGCCAAAGUGUUGCUAGAUUGUGGAGGCAUUAUAGGCAUGGCAAUAGGUCAACGAAAGAUGGUUGUUUCAAAUGUGGUGCUCCUGAUCACAUUGCUCGAGAUUGUAUUGAUGAACCGGACGAGAAGCCAGAAGGUCCAAAAUAUAUUCUUAAAGAUGCUAACACCCAGCAUGGUGAACAUGAUCCUAAGAGUUAUGACAUGCUGUUUGAUGAAGAGAACUUAGAAAAUGCAGAUCAAAAGCAUGCGAAGAAGAUAAAGACUAGUCACCAUAAGUCGGAGAAUCGAAGGCAUCAUGAUCAUGACAAUAAAAGUUCAGGUAGGUAUAAACAUGAAGCUGAUCGAAGCAGGCGGCAUCAAGAACACGAGAAAGAGAAACCAAGUGUAAGGGAUGACAAGUACCAUAUUGAUAGGUUGCAACAGAAAAAUGGAGAUAGAGAAAAUCACAGGAGGUCUGAUGCGCAUGAAAGGGAGAGUUACAGGAAGGAUGAGGGAGAAAAUGAGAAGAGGAGAGCGAAGAUAGACCGGCCUGGAAGAGAUGAGAGGUCUUAUGAAAGGAGGAGAGACCAAGACAAUGAUACUUACAGAGAGAGAAGGCAUAGGGAUGGGAGGAGAUAAAGCAAGAGAAAUAUUCACCUGUACAAAGAAGAGGACUUUUGUGAAGAAUCUUCUCACUUGCAGUUUCUUCAGCAUGAAAUACAUUAAUUACUAGAAUUUAUCUUAUUUAUUUAUACUAAUAACAAAUAUUUUUGUUCUAGCAUUAAAGACUAAUUCUGUAAGGGAUUUUCUUAUAUUUUGUUGUGGAGUUGAUAAAUUAAACGAAAGUACGACAGUCAAUGAUGAUUAGUUUUAAUCAAUAUGCUAUGGUUAUUUCCC